AAUGGAACCUGCUGGAAUCUGGAGGGAAGCUACAGGUGUCAUUGUCCCCCUGGAUUCACUACUUACGGCAACAACCAAACUAAGUGUCAAGAGCUGAAUUGUGACCCUUAUGCAACUCAGAGUACACCUGAACAGACUCUACCAGGUUUUGACAGCCUCUUGUCUCUCUUGAGAAACAACUGUUUGGUGUUGAGUAACUCCUCUGGGUUGGCUGGAGCUACAGGAAUGACUGGAGAGGUGCUUUUGACAGUACUGGCCAAUGUCACUGAUGUUCUUCAACUCCAGUCCAAUGGUCAAGGUGGUAACAGCAGUAAAGUGACUAUGCUACUGAGGACAGUAGAAAACUCUAUCAGACUGAUCGCUCCACAGUUGAGAGAGAACGUGAGCAGGAUAAAUACAAGGCACACAGAGGUAGAGGUUGUGGUGAGGAGGGACAGGACACCACCACGAGGACCAGUCAGACUGACCAAUGAAAACAUCCAACUUGACACCACCUGGGAGAUGGUGAUCGGAGAGGACAGGAAUUACCCAGGGUUUGCCAUUUUGCUCAGCUACAAGAGUCUGCAGACUUUGACCAACAGCUCUGAGCAGCUUUCCUCCAGAGUGGUGACCGUAUCAGUUAGCAACCCCAACACAACAAACCUGUCUGAACCUAUCAUUCUCACCUUCAAUCACUUGAAGUCAAGUGAUGCGAAUACCACCUGUGUUUAUUGGUCAGAGGAUGGUGAGGGGGCGUGGUCAAUCCAGGGCUGCACCUCAGUGAAGUCCAACUCCACCCACACUGUGUGCGCCUGCACCCAUCUCAGCAGCUUUGCCCUGCUCAGGGGAAUCCAAGAGAAUAAGAAACAUAGACAGCUGCCGGUGAUGUGGGUGGGUGCUCCCGUGGCGCUGGCUUGUGUGGUCCUAUCCCUGCUCAUGGCCCUGUGGUGUCGUUUUAUCAGCAAAAAACACAAUGGAGGGAGCCAGCCAGAACAGCAUUUGACGCUCUAAAGCACCACAACUUAGACAGCAGGGAUUUCUAAAAUCUCUCUUUCCUGUGUUUUGUAUAUAAUCCCACCCUAUGUCAAUUUACUGUAAAAUAACAGUUUAGACUGUGAAAGAACUGUUAGAAAAUGUUAAUAUGAAGUUUUAGUUUCAACUUCAGGCACUUGAUAAAAAUGAUUUUAUGAAAUAUAUAAAUGUAUUUUAAUAUUAGAGAUUAUUAGUUGUUCUCAAUUCCCAUCAAUGUCAAUUUACUUUUUCUCCAUUCAGUUGUAGACAUAAGCUUGCCAUACAGUAUUAUUGUACAAAUUUAAAUAGCAGCUCUGUUGUAAUCAAAGGAAGGACAUACAGUGAGGGAAAAAAGUAUUUGAUC